AUGCAGCGGCGGCGCGACCAGGGCAAAGUCGCGCAGCGCAAUUUCAGGAAAAGGGAGGCCGAAAAGGCUUUGGAGUUGAAGCAGAAUUACAAACAACUCAGACAUCUGGUGGAGAAUGUUGUGCUCGCCCACCGCGACCGUGACCAGGCGACAUUGAGCGAGGCCAUUGCCGAGGCGGGCAGGGCAAUUGGCCUGGAUGGAGUGGACGAACGUGCUCAAUAUGACCCCUCUCACAUUUCGAUAGAGGCCAUCUCAAACAUCAGGCCAGCAUGUGCGGCCACCAUACAAGGUCCUGUCGAACCGACCGCCACCGACCGAGACACGGGUCGGUGGUCACCACCACUCGCCCCCCAGCCGCGCUCUGGACGAUUCAGCCCACGGCUCGACUACGGCAUCUGGCUCGACCCAGAGCGGUUUCUCAAGAUCGUCGACCCCCCGCUCGACAUCCUGCCAUACAUCGGGGCUGGGAAGCACACCGUGGCCGGGCGGAUUGCCUGGGCAACUCUCGACUACGGAUACGCCUGUCUCCAAGAGGCCAUGAUGACGAGUACUCAACCCACCACCACGACGGCCACGGGGCCCACAGGGCCCACCAAGAGCACGGCCGACUGGCUCACCUUGCUGCCUCCCGAGUCAGCGGCCCGGCGAGCAUUCGACCGCUCGCUCCGGCACUCGACGCCCCUGCACGACGUGGCCUACAUGAUGGACCUGGUGGCGGCGCGGAUCGAGUUCCGCCAGCGGGGGUACAUGCGGGCGCACACGCGCGGCGCCGACGAGAUCUCCCGCCAGAUCAUGGCCGGCAGUGUCGCGGACGAGUUGCGCGUCAGAGGAGUGCGCAUGGACCGGUGGUGGACCGCGCUGGAUAUCCAAGUCCACGUCCAGGCCGAGAUGGGCGUUUUGGACUUCGCGGCCUGGCAGAUGGCCCUGUGCAGCAACCAGGAAACCGACAACGGCCACGCUGGGCUGAUCAUGCCCCUGGUCGAGAGUCUGAGUCGAAGUGGCGUCUGCUUUGGCGACGGUCCCCGGUGGCAUGCCCCGCUCGUCAAGGCCCUUGUCGGUGCGUGGUGGAGUCAGGUCUCGAGAUUCGAACUGCUGUCGAGAUAUUAG